AAUCAGGCUCACAAUGUUGGGAGCAAACUCAUCUUCCUAUUUUUACACAUGCGCGUCAGAAAUCUUACGAAAUAUGCGUCCUAAUGCUGAUACUCUCUUUUUGAGAUAUUCAUGCAACCCGACAAAGUUUCUUUUAAAAGGCUAUAAAAAUAUAUGGAGGUAGAAUGUUGAUAUAACCAUUCCGUUCGACAAAAAACGAAUUUAUUUUUCGCUGGUGGCCUUGUGAAUAAAUCUAGAUGUGCGGUGUUUCAAUGAACGAUUCUUCCUUUUUUAACCAAGCACAAGAAUUGUAUGCGUCAUCGCGUCAAGUCUUUUAUCGCGAGUGUAUCCUCACACGGAUGAUCGUUACCUGUACUCGACAAAGUUUCUUUUAAAAGGCUAUAAAAAUAUAUGGAGGUAAAAUGUUGAUAUAACCAUUCCGUUCGACAAAAAACGAAUUUAUUUUUUGCUGGUGGCCUUGUGAAUAAAUCUAGAUGUGCGGUGUUUCACUGAACGAUUCUUCCCGUUUUAACCAAGCACAAGAAUUGUAUGCGUCAUCACGUCUUUUAUUGCGAGUGUAUCCUCACACGGAUGAUCGUUACCUGUAGCCUUGCACUUCUGUACACUGUGCGUCAUUGCACCACAAUUGCGUCGCAUGCUGUGUGCUGCAGUCUGCCGUGAGUGGCGCUGAAGCAUUUGGAACCGUUGAACUCGGAUCGAACAACGUGGUCCUGUUGGAAUUGAUCCCAGUGCCUGGCUGCUAAUCGCGGAAGUGCGGAAGUGGAUUGCUACGAAGAAUACCCAUAUAUCCUUGUUUCUUUUGAAAUUUAGGUAAACCGUCAAAUGUUAUGAAUGUUAGCAAGUUGGUUGUAAGCAUGUGUGUUAGCGGCAUUUACUGAUAUCGGUCUGCGUUAUGUCACAGAUUCUUGUGUACUUUUUGAAGAUACGUUUUCGAUAGUUGCGAAAUGUAUUUCAGAUGUAUAAAGUCAACUUUUGUUACUUUAAAACAGCUCUCCACAGGCUGCUCUAGCAUGGUUCAUCGAGGUGCAGGUGUUAUUGUAGUAUGUGGGCCAUCCGGUUCUGGGAAGUCAACCCUUCUGCGUCGAUUAUUUGAAGAAUUUCCCGAUAAAUUUGGAUUUUCAGUGUCUCACACAACUCGACAACCAAGACCUGGAGAAGAAGAUGGAAAACAUUACCAUUUUACCUCUAAGGAAGUCAUGCAAGAUGCAAUUGCAAAAGGAGAAUUUUUAGAAACUGCAGUAUUUUCCAACAAUAUGUAUGGCACAAGCAAGGCAGCUGUAGACAGGGUCAGUCGAAGUGGAAAAGUGUGCGUGCUGGAUAUCGAAGUUCAGGGUGUUCAGCAAGUGAAGGAAACUGAUCUGAAGCCUUUGUACAUCUUUGUAAAACCACCCUCUCUCAUGGUCUUAGAAAAGCGCUUGAAGGAUCGGGGAACCGAAACCGAUGAAAGUUUGCAACGUCGUUUGGAUACUGCAAAAUCAGAGCUUGAGUAUGGGAGCAAACCUGGAAAUUUUGAUUUGGUGCUAGUCAACGAUUCUCUGGAGAAAGCAUAUGAACAAUUGCGAACUUUUAUAAUGAAUGCAUUUGACAAGCAAGAAUCGAGAUACAUCUGUGGUAAUGUGUUACCUUUGAUAACAGAUUCACGUACAGAGAGUAUCUCGAAUAUUUCAAAUAUUGACCAGACCAUUUGUUAAAGAAAUGAGUCAAAAGUUAAUUUUUCAGACAUGUUCAACUUGAGACAAUUAAAAUAUACUGUAAUUAUAAAAUUUCUUGUCUUGCAAGAAAGGCAACUUGGCAAGAAAGUAAUUUAAUCAUUGAUUACAUGCAGCUCUUACGCAUUAAAUAAUAAUUACUUGCGGCUAUUAUGUAUUUAGAACGCUUCCUGGCAAAUAAUUACUUUCUGAAGGUAUUAUUGUGAAUAUUGUAGAAUUCUGAAUUGACCAACUUUAUACUACUUUUUUUAAUUUAUUGCUCUUCCUUGACUCUUCUUUUGUAUUAUGUAUUUGGAAAGAAUGCUUUAAGCUGCAAGCAUGUGGCAUAACAUAUUCAAAAUGGAAAACCAUCCAGGAAAGUUGAAGAGAUGACAAGAAGAUAUGUUCUUCACCGUUGUUAAUGUUGAAAUGGAUAUGGUUGAGAAGUGUUUGAGAAGGAUGACAUAUUUUUUUGAAAGUAUUUUGUAAAUGCUAUUUUAUUAUAUUAGAAAUUGUAGAAAAGAAAAUGCUAAUAUUGUGGCUUUUGUUAAAUAUGUAAUGUUGCUUUGCAGUCACAUAGUAAAUACAUUAACAAAGAAGUAUGUUCCAUAGGAUAGGUGCUACAGAAAUGUAGUAUUAUUGUAUUUAUACAUUAUUUUGAUCUGUAAAGUGCAUUUCUUUUUGUGACUGUUUUUACUGUGAAAUAUAAGUGUAUACAAUGUC